GCAAUACACAACUCUUUUUCGCAGCUCGCUUCCAGCAAUCAAUACCAUGGCCCCCAAGAAGGACGAGAAGCCCCCCAAGGCCGAGAAGGCCGCCAAGAAGGCCAAGAAGGAGCCUUCCAAGAAGGCUGCCAAGGAGCCCAAGGGCGAUGGCGAGAAGAAGGACAAGAAGAAGAAGAGCAGCGCCGUGGAGACCUACAAGCUGUACAUCUACAAGGUGCUCAAGCAGGUGCACCCCGACACCGGCAUCAGCAGCAAGGCCAUGUCCAUCAUGAACAGCUUCAUCAACGACAUCUUUGAGAAGGUGGCCACCGAGGCCUCCAAGCUGAGCCGCUACAACAAGAAGCCCACCGUCACCUCCCGCGAGAUCCAAACCGCCGUGCGCCUGGUGCUGCCCGGCGAGCUGGCCAAGCACGCGGUGUCGGAGGGCACCAAGGCCGUGACCAAGUUCACCUCGGGCUAAACGCGCUCAGAGGCUGGACUAAUC